AUGCGUCCGUCUUCCGCUCUCGCCCGCCGCUCACCCGAGCGCAAUGUCUCCUCUGAGCGGCGCCGCGACGACGGUCGAAUCCAAGAGCACGGAGGCCGUCGCGAGCUUUUCGAUGACCGCGGCCAACGCCUCUACAAGCAAGAGCCCGGUGAGCAAGAUCUGCCGCGCAGCAGCUUCCUUCAGCAGCAGCAGCAGCAGUCGCAGCAGAACCCGCAGGCCCGCGCUCACCAGCUGGCGGGCUAUGAGCGGGAGCGGCGCCGUGAAGACGAGCGGCGCCUCUCUACCGGUCCUCGCGAGCUCAUCUCCACGCGCAAGAAUAUCCCGAUGCAACUCGCUGGAUCGACUGAGCAACUGACGCGCGCAUUCAUCCACGAGGAGAAUCGUGCUGUUGAGUUGACUCGCCUCAACGCCGUCGUCGUGCAGCGUAACAACACCAUUGCUGAGGCUAACCGCCAGAUCGAGCGUCAGGAGGAGGAGAUAGCCCGUCUCAAGUCGACUAUCGCUGGCCGCCUCGAUAGGCCCAUCUCAUUUGAGCGCCGGAACGCGUUGGCGCAGAAGAACGAGGAGCUGGAGAAGAUGCAUCAGGCAUUGGGAAGUAGGACUGAAAUGGCGGUUGCACUGCACGACAUCUGCAGCCGCCAGCAGGAAUUCCUCCGCUCAAUCGGCGGUGGUAUCUACGCCGCCGAUGAUGGACGGAGGAUGCAGUUCAAUGCGUGGAUCAAUGGCAGCGAGCUCUACUUGGCCCACGUGAAGAGUCAAGUUGCCUUCGAGACGAACUGGGAGGAUACGCUACGGAGGGCCAAUGCAGUAGCUAUCAAAGAGAUCGAAAAGGCUGCCAAAAUUAUUGCUCAGCAAGCUCUUCAGCACGUAGCUCAGCCGAGUGGCCUCCAGGCUGUCCAUCAGUCCGGCACCCAGCAUACGCAGCAUGAAGUCCAGCAGGCAGUCGAGCAGCUUAUCCAGGAGACUACCGAGGAUAUUGACAGAAAGUCAAAGGGCUCGGGUUCUCUUGGAUGA